GUGGCCGCCGACUGGACCACGCUGGCCGAGGAGCUGGGCUUCGAGUACCUGGAGAUCCGGCAGCUGGAGGCGUACCCCAACCCCACCGGUGGCCUGCUGGAUGCCUGGCAGGGCCGCGCCGACGCCUCCGUGAGCCGCCUGCUGGAGCUGCUGGCCAAGCUGGGCCGCCAAGACGUCCUGGAGGAGCUGGGGCCCAGCAUCGAGGAAGACUGCAAGAAAUACAUUAAGAAGCAGCUGGAGGAGGCGGCUGAGAAGCCCUUGCAGGUCCCAGCUGUAGGCAGCACUAUCCCUCAGUCGGAGACUCCAACAGGCCUCACCACACUUGACGAUCCACUGGGACAUGUGCCCGAGUGCUUCGACGCCUUCAUCUGCUACUGUCCCAACGACAUCCAGUUUGUACAGGAGAUGAUCCGGCAGCUGGAACAGACGGACUAUCGGCUCAAGUUGUGCGUGUCUGACCGCGAUGUCCUGCCUGGCACCUGCGUCUGGUCCAUUGCCAGUGAGCUCAUCGAGAAGAGGUGUCGAAGGAUGGUGGUGGUCGUCUCAGAUGAUUAUCUACAGAGCAAAGAAUGUGACUUCCAGACCAAGUUUGCGCUCAGCCUCAGUCCGGGUGCCCAUCAGAAGCGGCUGAUCCCCAUCAAGUACAAGCCAAUGAAGAAGGAGUUUCCCAGCAUCCUCCGGUUCAUCACAGUCUGUGAUUACACCAAUCCCUGCACUAAGUCCUGGUUCUGGAUCCGCCUGGCCAAAGCCCUGUCCCUGCCCUGA